AAUGAGCGCAAAGCCUCACGGAGUCACCCGUGAAACAUUAAAAUGCUGAUGUGGUCAUUAGGUACUUCAUGCAAGCUUGUGGGCCAUCGCAUUGUUAUUAAGGGCAACAUCACCCCUGAUAAAUUUCUCGAGUUAUUCAACCAUUCUGUCAAGGGUUUGUAUCUAUUUUGGGCAUUAUUUUGAGCAAGGUGUAAGAGUCUUGGGAGUGGGAACUCGUCCUCGCCCUCGCCAUCGAUCGCCGCUUCCACCGCAGCCGCGAUCGGCCGCCGCCCCACUAUUUCUCAUCCCUCCGCGGCCUUCGCCGCCGGGCCCGGACUUGAAGAGCGCGGUGCGUCGAUCCACCGCAAUCGCCUCUCUUCUUGGCUUCGUCGUUUUACAUAUUUGCCCCCUCGUCCCCGAUACGGAGAAGUAACCCUAGCCUGAAAGAUAGAUGGCAAUCGCGAGGACCGGGGUCUUCGUCGACGAUUAUUUGGAAUAUUCGAGCACGUUGGCGGCAGAGCUCCAGAGGCUACUGUCCACCAUGAGAGAACUCGACGAACGAGCUCAUGUUAUUCUUGUACACCUGACUUUGUAUGCAGGUAUUAUAAACCAGACAAAAGAACAGACAAGGUAUUGUUUAGGAAUGCCUUCUCACUACUCAAAGAAGGUAAUCCAUGAAGAUGAUGAGGCAGAAUUCGAGAAGAUGAAAAAAGAGAUCGAAGCUAGCCAGGAAAAUGCAUUGAGCCUGUGCACAGAGAAAGUUUUGCUAGCCCAACAAGCUUAUGAACUGAUAGAGGGCCAUUUGAAGCGCCUAGAUGAGGAUUUGAACCAGUUUGCAGAAGACUUAAAGCAAGAAGGAAAGAUUCCACCAGAUGAACCAGCUAUUCGUCCUCCACUUCCUAUAGUGAAUAGGGAUGAAAAACGCAAGGGAGGUUAUUUAACUCCUCAACCAAAGAGGCUCAGAGAAAGGGAUUGGGAUAGAGACCGGGAUAUGGAUAUAGAACUUAUGCCUCCUCCAGGUAGUGAUAGAAAAAAUAUUCCAGCAUCUGCUGACGUUGAUCAACCUAUUGACCCAAAUGAGCCAACAUAUUGUGUCUGCCAUCAGGUGUCAUUUGGAGAUAUGAUCGCAUGUGACAAUGAAAAUUGUGAAGGAGGUGAAUGGUUCCAUUAUUCAUGUGUCGGACUCACUCCAGAAACAAGAUUUAAAGGGAAGUGGUUCUGCCCAACCUGUCGGAAUCAACAAUGAAUUCUAGAAUAGUCGGCCUGGGUAGAAAGAGGUGGUCUCCUACGAGUUCAACAGCCCAUCAGCAAUAGCCAUUUUUUUUUCUUUUUCCUGCAACAUUCUUAAGCUGUGGGAAACACCUUGUUGUAUCGAUGUAUAUUGCACGAUAGUUAAGUGGUAUCUUCUCACUGAAGAAGCUCUUUUCUGAAACGACAUGAGCAUAACUGUGCCGGUUAUGUUUGGCACCAGUACUGGUUUCUGGUUGUCCAGAAAUUAUCAUAGAUGUUGCCCCAAUUUCUUUCUUCAAUUAUCGCAAAACUGUGCUCGACUUAAA